AUGUAUAACCAUGGCCUCCAAAUGGGGAAAGCAACUUUGAAGAAGAGUUUCACAGUGUAUAUCGCCCAUCUACCCCUGUCUUCACGGGUUGGCGAGCUAGCGGGAAUAGCUGUGGGGGCAACUGUCAUGCUUAAUAUUCUUAUAGAUGGGCCACUGACAGGAGCAUCAAUGAACUCAGCAAGAACCUUGGGACCAGCAAUAGCUGCAAAUAACUACAAAGGCAUAUGGAUCUACCUUACAGCUCCCAUCCUUGGCGCACUAGCUGGCUCGAGUUGUGGUUGUCGAUUGAUUUCAGGAUACCAGGAGAGAUUCUACUUCAAUCUAGGUGACACUGGCUUCAAGGUGUUCCAAACCAAGUUUGCUAAGAUAAGCAUGGUGGAGUGGGCUUGCUGAGUGCUGAUUGUGUGUUUGAUGGAUGAAUUGGUCCUGAUUUGUGGCUGGAUACUAAAGGUUGAUGAUUUGUCAAGAAUGUUCAGACUAUUUUCCAAAAAUACCCCAUGGAUUGGAUCCUGUCUCUAGUAUGUUUAAAAAGGUUUGUGAUUUAGAAGCUUUGGAGGAAACGAGACUCAAGCAAAAGUAAACACAUAGAGAGUUGUUGGCACAUAGUAAGCUAGAUAAUGCAAUUGUAUAUAAAUGAGUUC